AUGGCGAGCGAAAUUGCCGCCUUCGAAAAUGACAUCAAAGAGUACAGACUCCAACUUGAGACCAUCCAACUUGGUUUACAGAGCGACCCGGAUAACACUGAGCUACAGACACUGAAAGCCGAGAUCGAAGACGCAAUCGCUCUACUCGAGUCCGAGAUCGCCAAUUUACGACCUGCGCCCGUAGCGUCCAAGCAAAGUCCCACCACAUUCAAGGAGAAAUGGUCGCGCGAGAAUCAUCCAGCGUAUCAAGCCGGCUACAAGAAGCCCGAGGCUGAAGUCGAAGACACACAGACACCCGCAGCCUUCUCCGUAAACGAUACAGUGACGGCGCGAUGGCGAUCAGGGGACGGCGGUUUCUACACUGCGCGAAUACAGUCAAUCACCGGCUCCAAAAACGACCCAGUCUACAUCGUCAAAUUCCCCAAAUACGGCACAGUCGAGACACUGAAAUCGCGGGAUAUCAAACCGCUGUCAGUGGAAGCGAAGAAGCGGAAGGCAGAUGGCAUGUCGGGCUCCUCGACGCCUACACAGGCUCCGGUGGCCAACACAAGCGUCAUUUCUGCCGCUGCGAGCGUAGACCCAACGCUCGCGCAACAGGCCAAGAAAGAGCCCAGCAAGGUGAGCGACGGCCCCGCCAGACCUGCCAAGAUUCCAAAGAAGGUCAAAGCAAACAAAGAGCUCGAGGCGGGCAAGGGCAAGUGGCAAGACUUUGUUGCCAAGGGCAAAGGCGGCAAGAUGGCUAAGAAGGACAGCAUGUUCCGCACUGGCGAGAGUUUUACUGCUCGAGUGGGAUUUACCGGUUCUGGUCAUGAAAUGCGCAAAGAUGUCACCAGAGCUCGACACAUCUACGACAAGAGCGACACGCUUGACGGAGACGGUCGCUGA